UCAUUUUGCACAAAUGUCAAUAUCGAAAUUUUAAUUUUGUCGGUGUCUGCUGCAACAUUUUUCCUUUAAAAAAUAAAAGAAAGAAAUUCCAAUUAAGCAUUUUCCUUAGAUUUUUUUGUAUAAACAAGAAGUUAAUUUAAAACAAGAAAACAAUUCAAUAAUGGCUGUUCGUGUUAUAAAUGAUGAAACUCAUUUCCAAGCUGAGCUAGCUGCUGCAGGAAUUCGUUUAGUUGUAGUCGAUUUCACUGCAAGUUGGUGUGGACCAUGUCAGACAAUUGCUCCAUUAUUCGAACAAUUGCCUACAAAAUACCCCAAAGCCAUAUUCCUAAAGGUCGAUGUAGACAAGUGUCAAGAUACCGCUGCCGCCCAGGGAGUUUCUGCCAUGCCAACCUUCAUCUUCUACAGAAAUCGAACAAAAAUCGAUAGAAUGCAAGGUGCUGAUAUCAACGGACUAGAGGCCAAAAUUUUUCAGCACAUCGGAUCUGGGUCUGCAGAUGAUGCUGGUGAAGAUUAUGGCCAGGGCUUGAUGGAACUGAACACUUUUAUAUCGAAGCAACAAUGUGAAUGUCUCAACGAAUCCGACGACCAUCCAAUGCUACAUUGCUUUGAGACAAGCGGUGGCUACCUGCAGUCGGACUGCGAUGAACAGUUGAUUAUUUCGGUGACGUUCAAUCAGGUGGUUAAAAUUCAUUCCUUGAAAUUCAAAGCGCCACCUCAUUUGGGUCCGAAGGAGAUCAAACUCUUCAUCAACCAACCUCGCACUGUGGACUUUGAUAUGGCUGAAUCUUGUUCUUCGGUUCAGGAUCUAACAUUGAGUCCUAAGGACCUGGAAGGAACGCCGGUCAAUCUACGAUAUGUGAAGUUCCAAAACGUUCAGAACAUUCAAAUCUUUGUGCGCAACAACCAAUCUGGUGGAGAAAUCACUCAAAUCGAUUCGCUGGGCUUCAUUGGCUCACCUCUGAUGACAACAAAGAUGAGCGACUUCAAACGUGUUAUCGGCAAGAAGGGAGAAAGUCAUUAAAACUACCAGUUGCAUUGUCCCACAUCUCGGGUUGCACCCAAUUAUUUAUUUGUAUUGUUCAAACCUCUUUUUUUAUAUAUAUAAAAAAAAACAAAAGCAAAGCAAAUGAAACUAAACUAAUUGACAAAUCAAAAUUUA